AUGACGCCAUUACAGUUUGAGUUUGUGUCAACUAAAGAUGUCACUUCGUCCCUACCGUUAAUUACAGAUUUUCAAGAGUUUCACGAGAUAGAACAGGAAAGCAUGGAAUUAGAAUCAGUGUUAGUGCAUCGGCUUAGUGAUCCAGAGUCAAGAGGGUUUCGUCUUUCAAAGGAACAACUAUUCUAUCGUACCUCUGAUGACGUAAUCGAAUUACGGGGUCUACUUCCCCUCCUUGUCUGUGGUCUCGUCGCCAUCUUGGACGCAGUGACACGUGCACACGGUGUUUCGCCGCUCCGCAUAAUUACAGAUUUCUAAGAAUUUUACGAGCUAUAACGCAAGGCAUUGGAUAUACCAUUUUUAUACGUCUUUUUGAUACUCAUCGGUAAGUUUAUUUCAUUUUAUUAACAAAGAGCAAAGUUAAAUAGAAAGAAAUAGGUAUACGGAGUUCGUAUUAAGCUUUUUGUUUGUAUUUCUAUGAAAUUCUCCAAACGAGAUUAAAAUAAAAACAAUUGAUCGUCGAACUCUUUUCAGGUCAGAGAAGAGAUCUUUGGUUGUAUAUAGUAUUUGGAUGAAUACAGAUCUACGAGAGCACUGAUUAAUUUCAUUUUAAUUAUUAAUAAUUUUUUCAUGGAACAUUUUUAUUCUAGCUUUAUAAUGAUUAAUUUAAUAUUAUAGGAAUUUAUUAUUUCUUGGUAUAAAAAUUUUUAUACUUUUUAUGUAAUUCGCCAUUAUUAUUCCUGCAGUUAUUAUUUUAUUUUAGAGAAAAUUUAUUAGAUUUUUAUUAACAAUUGUGUCUCCACAUGUAGUUAUCUUCAAAUCUGGUGUGAUUUAAGCAUUCGAUAUUACUUGAGUUUGUAUCUUAUAAUACAAAGUAAACAUUAUCGAGCAAAUAGCUGCAUACUUUGAUACAUUUCAAAAAUACUUAGCUUGUAAUAAUUAAAAUUUUCAUAAUUUAUCAAAUUCAAUAUUUAAGAUAUUGAUAUUUUCGGAUAAUAUAUUUUCUAAUGUGUUACCUUCAGAGAUGAUUUACAAGAAAUGUUUUAUUUUUUUUUGUUUCAUAGUCUGUUGUAUGUUUCAGUUUCGCAGUUCUUUUAAAUUAUUAAUCAGUGUUAGUACAUUUUCUUCGUUAUUCUGGAGCAGGAUGCUCAUCGUGCAAGGGCCAACAAAACAUUUAGGUUAUUAUUACAAUUAUAUCAGAAACAAUGAAGAAACAAUGAAGAAACAAUGAAGAAACAAUGAAAAAACAAUGAAGAUACUGAAGUGUCGCUUAAAUAAAAGAAAAAUUGAAUAAAAGAAGAAUUGAAAUUGAGUAAAAGAAGAAAAUUGAAAUAAAAGAGAAAUAGAAGCAGCGUUUGUUCGUCAUAUUUGAUUUAUUUUUAUAACUAAAUAAGUAGAUUAAAUAAAAUUAGAUUCAGUAUAAAUUCGUGAUGUAGAGUCAGUGUUAGUACAUAUUUUUUAUCAUCCUGGGGCAGGAUGCUCAUCGUGCAGAGGAUCAAAAGAAUUUCAAUCAUCAUGGCAGUCGUAUGCAUGUUAAUGGAUGGAGUGUUGUAAUGUAAAUCAAGUGCAAGCAAAACAAUUAGUCAUAGAGACAGUUUCUUCGUAUAAAUUAUUAAUUUUUUAUUUAAACAUUUAUAUCGACUAUUCGCGUAUUAGAUUUAGAUUAGAUUAGUAUUGAAGAUGAUCGAGAAAUUAAUACACUUCUUCUAUUGAAUAACACUGUACGGUAAGUUAAUAUUAUAAA